GAUAAGAUGCACUUCAUGUGUAAAGCUGGUUCUCUUACAACUGUCUUGAGUUUCAGUCUGCAGCCAGAUUGUCCCAGGGGAUCACGUCAGACCAGACGAGUGGAUAAACAUGGAUUUAGGAAAGAGGAAGGAAAAAUGUUCGAGAGAGGUGUGAUUUUCUUAGUUUUGCUUCUCGGGAAUUGCUUUGAUGAAUUCCAGGGGAUUACAAUUGAUGUUGAAACCUGCUUUCAACUUCAGCUGAAAAGUGCCCUUCUGGAAGGUAUAUCCCAAAACGCAGAGGAGGGCGAUAUAGAAUUUUUGGGGCGUUUUGUUCAUGGCGUUAAGGAGCACGCUGUGCAGUGUGUGAAGAUGCAGACUGCUGAAGUGUCAAAGGACAAAGGGUCCUGUUUUGCAGAAAGUUUGGGAAUCAGCAUUUUCUUUGGACUCUGCCUGCAGCGUAAGCUCCAUACUGCAAUACUGAUGUGUGGAAAUGAAAUUCUGGAGGACAGUGAACAUUUUAAAGACUGUUUCCUGGAUGAAGCAACAGAGCAUGCUGCCCAGUGUGCUGAACUGCUGACAGGAAACUGCUAUGACAAACACCAGGGAAUCACCUUAGAUGUAGAGACUUGCACACAACUUCAGUGGAAACAAACCCUUUGGGACUGUGCAGUUGAAUACCUAGUGAAUUCAGAAUUUUAUAAAGAAUGCUUCAGGAAUGAGGGGAGAGAGAAUGCCAUGCAGUGCAUAAAAGCAGAGUUAACAGAGGAUGUAAAGGAUGAUGGCAUCGGGAUUUUACUAGCUAUCAAAGAAUACCAAAUAAAAGAGUUUCUGGUUACUCAGCUGACAGAGGCAGUGGCUGACUGUAUGCUUGAAGCAGACAUAGUGGAGGACUCAGAUAAUACUGACUUGGUUACAGGAUGCAUACUUGAUUUGAUUAUUAAGAGAACGAUGGACUUCCUCAAACCCAUGGUGCUUGACGUGUUUCAGGACUCAGAAUAUAUCCUCUGUUGGAUACAAAGGGCCUUGGAUGGUUUUGAAGAAUGCAUUCAUCCUCUAGACCACCACGUGUCAAUAACGGGUUUUUCCUCGCAGCAACAGCAGGAAAGAAGCGAUGUUGUUUUCUGCCUUUUGAAGCAUGGUAUAAAUGCCACAGCGGAAUGUUAAUGGAUCUGUCCUCAGACCAGGUUCUGUUGUGCUGACUGGACCUCUCGGGACACAGCCAUAUGGAAAACCUUCAGCUUUUCUGUUUGGCUGUAGCUGUUGUAGAGGCGGUUCAACUGGCUCUCACCCCCUAAGCCUCCUCAACUUAGUAGUAGAGACUUCUACCCAGCAUGAGGGUUUCACAGCUACAGCAGCACAAACCCUACAAAAAACAAUCUUGUGGUUAUACACGUUAAAUGUUCACCUCGUGACAAGGUACUUCAAAUGUGAUCUUUCAGCUGUCUGUUGCCCGUGUGUGUGUGUGUGUGUGUGUGUGUGUGUGUGUGUGUGUGUGUCAGUUUGUAGUGCAAUGUAACCUGACUACCUUUCGCUCUGCACUUGUUAAAAAAAUUCCUGUCCUUAGUUUUUCCAAGGUACAAAACCAGCAGUGUAACUGGAAUAUCUUGUAAAACUACUUCAUAAUAUAUAUAUAUAGAAAUACUGUAUAUAUUAAGAACAAAAUCCAACACUAAAAGCUCUUCAUGAGUCAUUAUAACCCAGCAUUGAAACUGAGUUCUUACCAGCAUACAACACAUUGCUAAUCCAACCAGAAGAUCAAUGUUUCAUGCUCAACUUGAAGUGCAUGAAGUAAGAGUAAAACAAUGUACCCCGAAGCAGCAAAUUACGUGGUUUCGAUAGGACCACAAUUUGAAAGGAGUCGAUGACACUAUUUCUGUAUUUUUUUUAAUUAUAAGUAUUUCAAGCUAAUUACACUACUCCUUCUGGACAUUAAUUCCCUUUUCAAAGUGAGUCUUUUUUGCUAUAGUUUGAAUUAUUUGGGAUUAUUAUCAAGGUUACCCUUUAUUUCUAAUGGGAGCCUCAGUACUAUAUUGGAUAAGCUCCAAUUAAACCACAUUCUCAUUUUCAAAUUAUCUUCCUUAACCCAGCUACAUUAUUUCUUCUGGGAAAAGCCUCCUGCUUUAAGUUGGACAAAGUGUAAGCUCUUACAACCCUCCAUGUUUAGGACUUGUCUGUUAUCUGUCACAUUAUGUAUUCAGCCAAUGGCUAAGAAAAGGUAGCUUCUGAUGUACAUGAGAUCCGUUCUACGAGACUUGCAGAAUCAGACCCUUAGCUAACAACAGGAGUGGCUCUGUAUCAAAACCUCUGAGCCUGUAAUUUGGGUCUUCUGCUGUGUAACCCAAUUCUCAGAGCUUAGACUUGUCUUCUGUAAAGAGAGUUUUCCCUUGGGCUCUGGGUCUUGGUACUGUAUGCUAAUGCUAAAGACAGUUCACCAGUUUUCUGAUUGUUGGGUUCUGUAUCAGUGCAGGAAUGUCAAAUAGUGAAUGGCUGUACCUCUGUAUCUGUGCUCAGUGAAUGAAAUCGGUAAUAAAUGAAUAUAUGUAUAUAUAUGAAAAACAA